UGUAGCCAAUGUUCCAGAAUGUAUGAAAUGUAUGUGCCAUGUAACACCACGAAAGUCUGUGUGCACGUCCAUGGUUGAUUCGUACAGUUAGCACUGUUGCCAUCUUGUAUAGACAUCUGUUCCUUAUGAAAUACUAGUCCUAUUAUCCACGAGUUCAAGUGUUUCAUCAUGCAAGACCAAGUGAAGACACUGCACAUUGUUUUGACUAAUGAAGAGAGGAGUGUGUACUGUGCAGGGAAAACUGUGUCUGGACAUGUUUUGGUUGAGGUGUCUGCAGUAACAAACAUCAAAUGCAUCAAGCUAGAAGUCAGUGGACUCGCCCAAGUUUGUUGGAAUGAGGGACUUCAACAAAAAGCAUUGCUAUCAUCCUCAAGGACACCUCUAUCACAUACUGUCAAGGAGGAGAUUGAGUGCCUCUCUAUUGCCCAAAUCAUUUGUGAACCAACAGCAGGGUCAGAAGAAUGGAUCUGUCUGUCUGCAGGGCGCCAUGUGUUUCCCUUUCAGUUUGAGUUGCCAACAAGACCCCUGGUGUCCUCUUUCUCGGGGAAGUAUGGAAGUGUACGGUACUGGAUGACCGCUGUGCUGCAGAGGCCUCCACAUCACAGCACCACUGUCACCAGAGAUUUCACAGUCGUCGGUCACGUUGAUGUGAAUUCCCCACAUCUACUGUGUCCGGUUUCUAAAAAUUUUGAAAAAAUGAUUGGCGCUUGGAUUUUCACGUCUGGGCCUGUUUCACUGCAAGUGGACAUCGAGCGGAAGGGUUACUGCAACGGAGAGUCCAUCCCAAUAUAUGCUGAGAUUGAGAACUGCUCAUCUCGUCUGAUUGUGCCAAAGGCGGUCAUCUACCAGACACAGACGUACCUGUCUGGAGGGAAGACCCGAAGCUGCAGACAGGUGAUGGCAAGUGUGAGGGGAAACCACCUGGCAUCUGGCAGCUCCGACAUCUGGAACGGGAAACCACUGAAGAUCCCACCGGUCUCUCCCUCCAUCCUAAACUCCUCCAUCAUCAGAGUGGAGUACUCCCUCGCAGUGAUCAUUCAGAUCCCGGGGGCCAGGAAGCUGGAAGUGGAGCUGCCCGUGGUGAUUGGCACCGUCCCCUACUAUGGCAUUGGCAGCCGCAGCUCCAGCGUCAGCAGCCAGUUCAGCGCGGACAUGAGCUGGCUCACACUCGCUCUGCCAGACCUGCCUGAAGCCCCACCUAACUAUGCGGACGUUGUGACGGAGGCCGAGUUUGACCAGCACAGCCCCUCCUCCCAGCAGUCCGAGGAGCUGGAGAGGCAACUGGGGGGACCAGCUUUCGCCUACAUCCAGGAGUUCCGAUUCCAGCCCCCUCCGCUUUAUUCUGAGUCGGAUCUAUACCCAUCACAAGCCGAAGUUUGACUGAGCAUCUGAUGAAUGGGUUCACCUUUUAGUCAAGAUUUACAUUGUGCCUUCCAGUAAGAGUUUGUGAACCCUGACUAAGGUCACAGAAACAUGGUGACCAAGUGGUUUUGGGUCACUGUACUCAAUCACUGUACUGGGGGGGGUCUCUUAAUUAUAAUCUCACAUACUGUUGAUGCAUCACACCAGUUGGAAAUAGACAGAAAUCUCACAGCAGAAUCAACUGACGCACUUUAACACAAUGCUCUGCAGUACACUUCAAGUGUUCUGGACUUAAACUUUGAGAGGUGGGAUUUUCAUAUGAACCUGGCAGUAAGGAUGUUGUUUACUUAAUUUACAAGACCAAAAAAGGGGAAGUGUUUCAUGUGGAGUGCGCUGUGCCUUUAUCUCAGCAAAUGGGUGCAUAUGCAUUAUAUUCUAUUUUCUUAUCGUGAGCUUUUGUUAACAGUGCCUUAAAUCUAAUCGGACGGUACCGAUGUGCACCUUUAAAAAGGAGGGAGGCUCUCGAAUAUUUUAAGUGCCAACUGAUCCAGGUCUCAAGUUGAGCGCACCUUGACUGGACUGGUGCAGGGAAUGUAUCAGUUAAACAUUAAGGACAGUUUAAUGGUGGACACUGACUCAACACAGGACAACGCCAGACUGCAGAUAGCUGUUUCUCACUACAUACGCCAUUCCAAUAUAUACAAAACUGU